AUGAGAGCCCAUCUCGAAACAUGGCUGUCGGAUCCAGUACUGAAUGCUUCAGAGUCAUUCGAUCUGCGUCGAGCAGCCGUUUCUGCGUUCGCCCACGCAAGCACAAAGGCCACAAGUAUGUUAGAAGAUCCUAUUCAAGAUCUUGUGGAGAAGACUAUGAAACGAUUUGGUGACAACCUUUUCGUCAAGCAUUCGCCAAUCUUACAGCAGGAAGCUUGUGCUCAAAUUCUGCUUGUGCUUGCGGGCUAUGCACAUCGAGCUCAGCCAAUGUCCCUGUUCAUAAUGGCUCGCUCGAGCGCACAUCUGAACGGAAUGUCAAAUCGCCUGAAUUCGUCUUCGCUGAGAGCUCGAUUCCUUGGUAUGGUUGUCGGCAUGGCCAUAUCAGAUCUCGUAGACAAACCGGGAUCGAAGAUGAACUUCGACAUUGACGACUUGAAGACAGCCGAAGCAAAGUGGUACCAGCGCCUUGUCAAAGCCGACGACAGAGUCGGUAAUUACACAAGUAUAAAGGAAGUUUUCGGCAACAACAAGGUCACAGAAAAAUCUNCUACGACUGACACCAAACCGCGCCUAACCAACAAGCCUGCACAAACUAAGUCAAAUCCCAAGCCUAUGAUUCAGGAAGAACCUCAGGGACCCAGGAUUAUGGAAGUCUUGGACGACUCUGAGGAAGACGACGAUCUUGUGCCUUAUGCCAAACCGGACUCUGACCCUGAAGACGAAGACGAAGAUCCGACUAUGAUCAAUCGUGACAAGGCAAAGGCUCCUGUAUACAUCCGGGAUCUGAUAGCGGGACUGAACGACUCAGAGAACUAUGACCGACAUAGUUUGGCUUUGAAUAGCGCUGCUGCUUUGAUCCGACGCAAGACUUCGUUUGGUAAAGAAGUCAGUGAUCACACACUCGAGCUUGCAUCAACUUUGGUAGGACUCGGUGAUACGUUCGACAUGGAAGACUUCCUCGAGCUACGAUUGCAGGCAUUGAUUGCAGUGCUUGUAUCAGGCCCAGCGCAGAUGGCACCAUGGUUCGCACGACAGGUCUUCGACGGAGAUUACUCGUUGAGCCAACGUACUACGGUCUUGAGCGUUCUGGGGUUGGGUGCACGAGAGCUGGCUGGCUAUAAGGAUGAGGAUGAAGACCUGAACCCAAAGCUUGCAGCACCAUCGUUCCCAAGCAAACAGCUUCCCGAAAAGUUGCACAAGAUGUACACCACUGAGCGCAACGCACCGGUCGGCCGAAUUGCUUCCAACCUCGAACGGUCCAUGAUACAACCUAUGGCCCUCGACGCAGCUGACAAGAUGUCUGGACCCAACGUACUGAAGGUCCGAACAUUCUCAUCACGUAUGGAAGUAGAGAAGAAGAGGAAGAAGGUGAUUCCCAACACACUGGCCAAGAUUGUCGCAGAAGGCUUCUUCUUUCCCCUGACUGGACGAUGGUGGCAGAAUCUACAGGCGUAUGGAGCGGAUAAUGUGCAUUUCCAGCCGUUCUUGCUCAGCACCUACCUCAAGACACUGUCAUUGAUCUUACAUGCGGCAGGGUCCGGGACGAUCAGCCUUCCACAGAUGACAGCAGAGUUUUGGGAGCUGAUCUUGAGUGUUAGGACGAAUGCAUUGGCGGAUGUCAGUGUCUUAGAGGCUGUUCUCUUCGCGACUCUCACUCUUCUCGAUAUGAACGAAGACAAACGCAGGUUGGCAGAAGAGCAUCCGAAACAGCUGAUCGAGACACAAGAGUGGGUUGAGCUUGUCUUUGAUCGAGUUGGUGGAGGUGACGAAGAGGGUGAGAGGGUUCGCAUGCUCGCUGCUAGCGUUUUGAUGAAAACCAGAGAAGUGGUGGACAAGUACCAACGCUUACUGGUUGGUGACCUCGUAGACUACUGA